AUUUGCCGAUUGGAUUUGGAUUUUUGUGCGAGUGGUCUCUCCAGUGGAUACCGUUUGUUUAUUGAUCGAUGGUGAUGGUUGUUGCGCGUUAAGUGUGAACAGCAGUAAAAGAAACUGAAGGCUCCAGGGCUGUGUUCUCGUGUCUCGACUAGCCCAAAGUCUCGUUAGCCCUCCGAAAUGCCGAAGCCACAAGUACAAGAGGGCGAGGACCCCGAUCCGACCCCGUACCUGUUCGUUUCUCUGGAACAGAAACGUAUCGACCAAAGUAAGCCCUACGAUGGCAAGAAGGCCUGCUGGGUACCGGACGAGAAGGAGGGCUUCGUGCAGGGUGAAAUUAAGGCCACCAAGGGCGACCUGGUGACCGUCAACCUCCCCGGAGGCGAGACCAAAGACUUCAAGAAGGAUCUUGUAGCUCAAGUGAACCCGCCUAAGUACGAGAAAUGUGAGGAUAUGUCCAACUUGACAUACCUCAACGACGCUUCGGUUUUGUAUAACUUGAAGCAGAGAUAUUACCAUAAGCUUAUCUACACUUACUCGGGUCUCUUCUGUGUGGCCAUCAACCCCUACAAGAGAUACCCCGUGUACACGACCCGAUGCGCCAAGCUGUACCGAGGCAAGCGUCGCUCGGAAGUGCCGCCUCACAUUUUCGCCAUUUCCGAUGGCGCUUACGUCAACAUGUUGACCAACCACGAGAAUCAAUCUAUGUUGAUUACCGGUGAGUCUGGUGCCGGAAAGACUGAGAACACGAAGAAGGUAAUUGCGUACUUCGCCACCGUCGGUGCUUCGCAGAAGAAGGACCCGUCGCAAGAGAAGAAGGGCUCCCUUGAGGACCAAGUCGUACAAACUAACCCUGUUCUUGAAGCCUUCGGUAACGCCAAGACCGUGCGUAACGACAACUCUUCCCGAUUCGGUAAAUUCAUCCGUAUCCACUUCGGACCUUCUGGAAAACUGGCUGGUGCUGAUAUCGAGACCUACCUGCUCGAGAAGGCUCGUGUCAUCUCUCAGCAAGCCUUGGAGCGUUCUUACCACAUUUUCUACCAAAUGAUGUCCGGAUCCGUCCCUGGUCUUAAGGAAAUGUGUAUGUUAUCCAACGACGUAUAUGAUUACUAUAACAUCGCUCAGGGUAAGAUUACCAUCCCAAACGUCGAUGACGGCGAAGAAUGCGUAUUGACUGAUCAAGCCUUUGACAUUUUGGGCUUCACCCAAGAGGAGAAGGAUAAUGUGUACAAGAUCACCGCCGCAGUCAUGCACAUGGGUUGCAUGAAAUUCAAGCAGAGAGGUCGCGAGGAACAGGCUGAGGCUGACGGCACAGAGGACGGUGAGAAGGUUGCCAAGCUCCUCGGUGUCGACUGCCAGGACCUGUACAAGAACUUGUUGAAGCCCCGCAUCAAGGUCGGAAACGAGUUCGUCACCCAGGGUCGUAACAAGGACCAGGUCACCAACUCCGUGGGUGCUCUUUGCAAGGGCAUAUUCGAUCGUCUCUUCAAGUGGCUCGUCAAGAAGUGUAACGAGACUCUAGACACCAAGCAGAAGAGGCAGCACUUCAUUGGUGUACUGGAUAUUGCUGGUUUCGAGAUCUUCGACUUCAACGGGUUCGAACAACUUUGUAUUAACUUCACAAACGAGAAACUGCAACAAUUCUUCAACCAUCACAUGUUUGUGUUGGAGCAAGAGGAAUACACCAGGGAGGGCAUUCACUGGGAGUUCAUUGACUUUGGAAUGGAUUUAGUGGCCUGCAUUGACCUUAUUGAAAAGCCUAUGGGUAUCCUCUCCAUUCUUGAGGAAGAGUCUAUGUUCCCUAAAGCUACUGACCAGACCUUCGUUGAGAAGUUGAACAACAACCACUUGGGCAAAUCCGCUCCCUACCUGAAGCCUAAACCCCCCAAGCCUGGUUGCCAGGCCGCCCACUUCGCCAUCGGCCAUUAUGCCGGAAAUGUCGGCUACAACAUCACUGGCUGGCUUGAGAAGAACAAGGACCCUCUUAACGACACCGUCGUCGACCAGUUCAAGAAGGGCGCCAACAAAUUGUUGGUUGAGAUCUUCGCUGACCAUCCUGGCCAGUCUGGUGAUGCCAGUGCUGGAGGUGGUGGCAAGGGCGCUGGAGGCAAGCGCGCCAAGGGUUCUGCCUUCCAGACUGUCUCAUCACUCUACAGGGAACAACUUAACAACUUGAUGACAACGCUGAGGUCGACACAGCCUCACUUCGUGCGUUGUAUCAUUCCCAACGAAUUGAAACAGGCUGGUCUCAUCGACUCCCACCUUGUGAUGCACCAGCUCACCUGUAACGGUGUGCUUGAAGGCAUCCGUAUUUGCCGUAAAGGUUUCCCCAACAGGAUGGUCUACCCUGACUUCAAGCUCCGUUACAUGAUUCUUGCUCCCGCCAUCAUGGCUGCCGAAAGUGAUCCUAAAAUAGCAGCAAAGAAGUGUCUGGAGUCUAUCGAACUCGACCCUGAGAGUUAUCGUAUUGGUCAUACAAAGGUGUUCUUCCGCGCUGGUGUUCUGGGUCAGAUGGAAGAGUUGCGUGACGACAGGUUGUCCAAGAUUGUGUCCUGGAUGCAGGCGUACAUUCGUGGUUACUUGUCUCGCAAAGAGUACAAGAAGCUCCAGGAACAAAGGUUGGCCCUCCAAGUGGUACAACGCAACUUGCGCAAGUACUUGCAGCUUCGCACCUGGCCCUGGUGGAAGUUGUGGCAGAGGGUCAAGCCUCUCCUCAACGUCACCCGCAUCGAGGAUGAGAUCGCGAAAUUGGAGGAGAAGGCCCAGAAGGCCCAGGAGGCUUUCGAGAAGGAAGAGAAGCUCCGCAAGGAGGUCGAAGCUCUCAACGCCAAGCUGCUUGAAGAGAAAACCGCCCUGCUCGCCACCCUUGAGGGAGAGAAGGGCUCCCUCUCCGAGACCCAGGAGCGCGCCAACAAGCUCCAGGCUCAGAAGAACGACCUCGAGAACCAACUUAGGGACACCCAAGACCGCCUCACUCAGGAAGAGGAUGCCCGCAACCAGCUCUUCCAGGCUAAGAAGAAGUUGGAGCAGGAGGUUUCCGGCCUCAAGAAGGACAUCGAAGACCUCGAGUUGUCCGUCCAGAAGUCUGAACAAGACAAGGCCACCAAGGACCACCAGAUCCGCAACUUGAACGAUGAGAUCGCCCACCAGGAUGAGCUCAUCAACAAGUUGAACAAGGAGAAGAAAAUGCAAGGCGAAUCGAACCAGAAGACCGCCGAGGAACUCCAGGCCGCCGAAGAUAAGGUUAACCACCUCAACAAGGUCAAGCAAAAGCUCGAACAGACUCUCGACGAGCUCGAGGACUCUCUGGAGCGCGAGAAGAAACUGCGCGCCGACGUCGAGAAGCAGAGGAGGAAGGUGGAGGGAGACCUCAAGCUCACCCAGGAGGCAGUUACCGACCUCGAGCGCAACAAGAAGGAGCUCGAGCAGACCAUCCAGCGCAAGGACAAAGAAAUCUCGUCGCUCACCGCCAAGCUCGAGGACGAGCAGUCGUUGGUCAGCAAGCUCCAGAAACAAAUCAAGGAACUGCAGGCCCGCAUCGAGGAGUUGGAAGAGGAAGUGGAAUCCGAGCGCCAGGCACGUGCUAAGGCUGAGAAGCAGCGCGCCGACCUUGCUCGUGAGCUUGAGGAAUUGGGCGAGCGCCUGGAGGAAGCCGGUGGCGCCACCUCCGCUCAGAUCGAGCUCAACAAGAAGCGCGAGGCCGAGCUCAGCAAGCUGCGCCGCGACCUCGAGGAGGCUAACAUCCAGCACGAGUCGACGCUCGCCAACCUUCGCAAGAAGCACAACGAUGCUGUUGCCGAGAUGGGCGAGCAGCUCGACCAGCUCAACAAGCUCAAGGCUAAGGCUGAACAUGACCGUGCCUCGUGCUACAACGAGCUUAACAACACAAGGGCGGCCAUUGACCAAGUCGCAAGGGAGAAGGCUGCCCAAGAGAAGAUUGUCAAGCAACUGCAACACAACCUCAACGAAGUGCAGAACAAGGCUGAUGAGGCUAACCGCACCCUUAAUGACCUGGAUGCCGCCAAGAAGAAACUGUCCAUCGAGAACUCCGACCUGCUCCGCCAGCUGGAGGAGGCUGAGUCGCAGGUGUCGCAGCUGUCCAAGAUCAAGGUGUCGCUUACCACACAGCUCGAAGAUACCAAGAGGCUUGCUGACGAAGAAGCCAGGGAACGCGCUACUCUUCUUGGCAAGUUCCGUAACUUGGAGCACGACCUCGACAACAUUCGUGAACAGGUUGAGGAGGAAGCUGAAGGCAAGGCUGAUCUGCAGAGACAGCUUUCCAAGGCUAACGCCGAGGCCCAACUGUGGCGUUCCAAGUACGAGUCCGAGGGUGUUGCCCGCUCCGAAGAGCUCGAGGAGGCCAAGCGCAAGCUCCAGGCCCGCCUUGCCGAGGCCGAGGAGACCAUCGAGUCCCUCAACCAGAAGGUCGUUGCCCUCGAAAAGACCAAACAGCGCCUUGCCACCGAAGUCGAGGACUUGCAACUCGAGGUUGACCGUGCCACCGCUAUUGCCAACGCUGCUGAGAAGAAACAGAAGGCCUUCGACAAGAUCAUCGGAGAAUGGAAGCUUAAGGUCGAUGACCUCGCCGCUGAACUCGACGCCAGCCAGAAAGAAUGCCGCAACUACUCUACUGAACUGUUCCGCCUCAAGGGUGCCUACGAAGAAGGCCAAGAGCAGCUUGAGGCUGUCCGCCGUGAGAACAAGAACCUCGCUGACGAAGUCAAGGACUUGCUCGACCAAAUCGGCGAAGGUGGACGCAACAUUCACGAAAUCGAGAAGGCCAGGAAGCGCUUGGAGGCCGAGAAGGACGAACUCCAGGCAGCUCUUGAGGAGGCCGAGGCCGCUCUUGAACAGGAAGAGAACAAGGUUCUCCGCGCUCAGCUCGAGCUCUCUCAAGUCAGACAAGAAAUCGACAGAAGGAUCCAAGAGAAGGAAGAGGAAUUCGAAAACACACGCAAGAACCACCAACGUGCUCUCGACUCCAUGCAAGCUUCCCUUGAGGCCGAGGCUAAGGGUAAGGCUGAGGCCCUGCGCAUGAAGAAGAAGCUCGAGGCUGACAUCAACGAGCUCGAAAUUGCUCUUGACCACGCUAACAAGGCUAACGCUGAAGCACAAAAGAACAUCAAGCGCUACCAGCAACAGAUCAAGGACUUGCAGACCGCCCUCGAGGAGGAACAGCGCGCUCGCGAUGACGCCCGUGAACAGCUCGGCAUCUCGGAACGCCGCGCUAACGCUCUCCAGAACGAACUCGAAGAGUCUAGAACUCUCCUGGAACAGGCUGACCGUGCCCGUCGCCAGGCAGAACAAGAGUUGGGUGACGCCCACGAACAGCUCAAUGAGUUGUCUGCACAAAGCGCGUCGCUGUCUGCGGCCAAGAGGAAACUCGAGUCCGAAUUGCAGACCCUCCACUCCGAUCUGGAUGAGCUCCUCAACGAGGCUAAGAACUCCGAGGAGAAGGCUAAGAAGGCUAUGGUCGACGCCGCCAGGCUCGCCGAUGAACUUCGCGCUGAACAGGAACACGCUCAGACCCAGGAGAAACUCCGCAAGGCUCUCGAACAACAGAUCAAGGAGCUUCAAGUCAGGUUGGACGAGGCCGAGGCUAACGCACUCAAGGGAGGCAAAAAAGCCAUCCAGAAACUCGAACAAAGAGUUAGGGAACUCGAGAACGAACUCGAUGGUGAACAGAGGAGACACGCCGACGCACAGAAGAACUUGCGCAAGAGCGAGAGGCGUAUCAAGGAGCUCAGCUUCCAGGCCGAGGAGGACCGCAAGAACCACGAGCGCAUGCAGGACCUCGUCGACAAACUGCAGCAGAAGAUCAAGACCUACAAGAGGCAAAUCGAAGAAGCAGAAGAAAUCGCCGCCCUCAACUUGGCUAAGUUCCGUAAGGCUCAGCAAGAGUUGGAGGAGGCUGAGGAAAGGGCAGACCUCGCUGAACAGGCCAUCAGCAAAUUCCGUGGCAAGGGACGUGCAGGAUCCACCGCGAGAGGAGUCAGCCCGGCGCCCCAACGUACGCGCCCCGCCUUCGAAGGUUUCGGCACCUUCCCACCAAGGUUCGAUCUGGCGCCCGAAAGCGAUUUCUAAACGUUCCAAACAACUCAAAAAACGGACUGUACAGAUUUUUCGUUGAAUUGUAACUUAAAAUAAAAAAAUGUUAUGCCUAGUUGAAAAAACGUGUUACGAAUGCCUGAAACGAGAAACUGUAAAUUAAGAAAAGUAACCAUACAACCUUUUUUUGUAACGCCAAAAAAACAUUUACAUUAGAAUCUUAAUCUUUUUACGGAAGGCUAUUUUAUAAUUUGUUGAUAUUUAUUAUUAUUUAUGAUAAUUUAUUACCGUGGAGUAUGUAUCGUGUGGAGCGGGCGGAGGGGUGCACGCGGGACCGCGGUCACAGAGACACACCCGCCAACCCCGCACCGGCCCCGCGAGCACCUUCCCGUCCGCGUCUCCUUUGACAUCCAAUAAAGCGAUAUCGUUGUCAUAAAACAUU